AUGGCACAUAAUAGUCAGACGCGGCGGAACGAAAACUCUACCCGAGACGCCACGAGUUCUAAGGGCCACCCGGGAUCCCUGACACGCAUCAAUAAACCAUCCCAAGAUCAUUCCGGGCUCUCCACUUCCGGAGAGGAGCGCUAUCGGCAAAGUCCUAUUCUUGCCAACGCCAUCACUACCCAGCCCGGCUUUGAGGACCGGCUCCAAUUAUUCCAGAUUCAACAGGAUUAUCUACAGGUCCAACCCGUGUUGGAAGCCCACCCGAAGCACGACAGGCUCGGUCAAGCUCCAAGAGCGGCCGCCAUUCUCCGCCGUCAACUGAGCAGCUCAGCUUCCCCAACGGAUUACCCCGUCUAUCAAAGAACCAACCCUAGUGACCUGGCGCAAGCUGCUCCAACGGUCGGUCAAACCCCGUUAUACGCUGGCACCGCACCAACUUACCCGGUUGCUGCACCACCUUACUCGGGUGCAGUGCCAGCACACUCCGGUGCAGCGGGAGUCAACCCUGUGCAGCAACCCUCAGCAGCAGGAGCGGCGACACCGUCCUCUACCGCCGCAAACAACCCUGCAGCGGAGCAGCCACCACCCGCCAAUUCGCUCCCAAGCGGCCCUCCUCCUUCAUCGCCACCGCCCCCAGCACCGCCCCACUCACCCCAGCCACAUCAGCAACCACCGCAAGUCAAUCAGCCAGUCCCUGAUUCUCCUGCCCCAUCAGUGAACACUGCUUCUGCAGCAAGUUCUGCAACGAGUUCUGCAGCGCCUUCAGCAGCGACCGCGGCGACUCUGCCUCCAAGCGGGGACGACUACCAACCCAACCCUUCGCCAGUCGUACAUCAUCCUUUCAAUCUCUCGAAUUCAUCGAUUGUUGUUUCUGUUCCGACUCACGUCCCAUCCGCCAAUUCGCCGCCCUUGAGUGGUAAUCUAUCCAAUCAGACAGAGCAUCAUGCUCAUCACAAGUCAUCUACAUCACUUGGAGCAACAACCAUAAUAAUCGCUGUUGCAUUGCCUAUUGCACUACUGAUCUUGGGAGGAGCGAUGAUGGUCGCCUACCGCAUAAUGAAGAGCAAACGUCGAGCUCACGGUGGAAAUAGGACAUCUGGUGGUAGUCAGCUCAUCGACCCAGAAGGCGCGCAACAUCAGAUGGAGAACAUGGCUGAGAAGAAAAGAUUUUCGAGUUACUUGAAAUUUCCAUACGCCAUGAUGGACGAUAAUCUGAGCAAUUUUGCUGUUCGGGCCGAGUCGGGAUUCGCUCCACCCCUGCCGCCAGUCAUUUUACCUUCUCCCCAACGCCCUAGCACUUCACUCCGCGCUGAAGCUCACGACUCGCACACCUCGGAUCCAGCUAACACGACCAACGAAAGUUUUAAGGGCGGGGUCGCAUGUAAAAUGAAUUGUCUAGUCACCCGGACUUUCAGCCCGACGAUGCCGGAUGAGUUGAGGAUUGAGAUCGGAGACCGAGUGUUGGUCUACAUGCUCUUUGACGAUGGCUGGUGUCUGGGAGAAAACCUAAAUUUCGAAAAACACGAAGGUGGCGAUGGAAUUUCACGGACUGGAGUAUUACCUCAAGACUGUCUUUCAGGUCUCCAGCGGGCCAGUGUCGCGGCUACGAGUGAUGGGGCACCGAGCUUCAGGACUGCCGGGGAAGAACAACAAGAAUAUCCAAUCUCCCCAGGGCCAGUCCCACCAGUUCCUCCGAAGGCAAAUAGUCAAGAGAUUCUGGCCGUCGGAGCCUCGAACGAAAAAAUCGACGGUCCCGAACCAUUGUACAAACCUGAACGCAAUAGUAGUCUCCUAUGUGAUCGUGAGGCCCAACUCUUCCUCGAACUGGAUAAUGCACUUUCAUUCAAUGUGUGA